UAAGCCCUAAAGUGGAAUGCUCGGGAAAUGUCUGUGUCCGCUGCAUGAAAUCUUGAUUUUAAAACGGGUUUACAGGCUUGGUUUUAGUCUGCUCACCUUGUUGGUCUACUUUUCAGAGUUGAAAUUUUUCAAUAUUAGCUCGCCGGUUGACUGCCAUUUGAAAAGUGAUGCUCUUUGAGAGGAGUGUUAUUUUUCUCUGCUAACUCCUAACAGUUGUGCAGCUUCAUAAUAAAAUUCUGGAUGCUAUCUGCCAAUAACCAAACCUGGUUUAACUAAACUUGCAUGUCCAAAGAUAUGUCUUCGGAGAAUGGAAACAGACGACGUGACGAUUAGAGAGCAGCUAUUCCACGACAGAGUUCGAGAGACCAUAAUUUGCGUCCUUCUCUUCAUUUGCCUGUACAUCUUGUCAUACCUCAUUCUCACUCACUUCAAGAAGAACGCUGAAUUUGUCACUGAUGACAUUGAAGAUGCCACUGUUAACAAAAUUGCGCUCUGGUUAUGCACUUUCACGUUGUCGGUGGCUGUCUGUGCAGUCCUUCUCCUGCCCAUCUCAAUAUUGUCCAAUGAAGUCCUGCUUACCUUCCCACACAGCUACUACAUGCAGUGGCUGAACGGAUCUCUCAUCCGCGGUCUGUGGAACCUCGUCUUCCUCUUUUCCAACCUCUCCCUCGUUUUCCUCAUGCCCUUUGCUUACUUCUUCACUGAGUCAGAGGGUUUUGUGGGCUCCAAAAAGGGUGUGAUGGGGCGGGUGUAUGAGACGGCUGUGAUGCUACUGCUCCUCAGUCUGCUGGUGCUGGGCAUGGUGUGGGUGGCCUCCGCCCUUCUCCACCGUGACACCGCCAGGGAGAAUCUGUACGACCUGUGGGAGUACUACCUGCCCUAUCUGUACUCUGGCAUAUCUCUUUUCGGAGUUCUACUGCUUUUAUUGUGUACGCCCUUCGGCCUCUCACGCAUGUUCAGUGUCACCGGGAGCUUACUGGUCAAACCAAGGCUGUUGGAAAACGUGGAGGAAACGUUGAGUUGCGCCGUGUUAGAGGAAGCUUCGCUGUCCCGGAAGCUGAAGGGUAACAGUCCGUGCUGGCUCAGCGUCAGUGUGGAGGCGAUGAAGAUGCAGUACCUGGCUGUGCAUGCCAAGCGGGUAGCUUUGGAGAUGCGGAGGAAAGCGUCUCCAUGGCAACGGAACCUCGGCUACCCGCUAGCCAUGCUUCUGCUGUUAGCGCUAACGAUGGUUUGUGUGCUCAUGGUGUGUUUCCACGUGUUGGAACUGCUCUUUGAUGAGACUGCCAUGCCCAGAGGGAUGGAGGACCCUCACUUGGGCAUGGCUUCUUUCUCUAUGUUUGGUUCUCUGGGAGCAGCAGUGCAGGUGGUUCUGAUCCUUUAUCUGAUGGUGUCUUCACUGGUAGGCUUUUACAGCUCUCCUCUCUUUACCAGUCUGCUGCCUCGAGCACGGGACACCACUCUAACACAGAUCAUUGUCAACUGUGUCUGCCUCCUGGUUCUCAGCUCUGCUCUUCCUGUCUUCUCCCGCACACUGGGAAUCACAAGGUUUGAUCUGCUUGGAGACUUUGGACGUUAUAACUGGCUGGGAAACUUCUACAUCGUCUUUUUGUACAACAUGGUGUUUGCAGGGCUCACCUCCGCCUGCCUCAUCAAGACUGUGACAUGGGCCGUGCAGAGAGAGCUCAUCAGUGCCUUCGGUCUCGACCGAUUGCCUCGAACUGUGUCUCGCUCAACAAUUCCCCUCAAGCUCCUGUUAGCCAGUGGACUGUCAAAGAUUCAGUGAUGAAUGGUUGCCCUUUGACCGUUAUUAUUGGCUGCCAAAAAGCCGAGGAUUCCGGAAUGAGUUCCAAAGCCUCUCUCAUUGGACCAGAGGUGCACAAGGUGGAUUGGGUGCACGGUCCCCAACGUUUUUAUGCAGUCUGGUGAACAGAAGAGCCACUGAAUGGGUGUCCAAAGCAGGCUGACCUGAGAAACCUUUUGUAUUUUGUUCUUUGACUGUGGUUUUUACCAUUAAAUGUCACAGGUAUGGAUAUGGUUCCAAAAAGACACUAAGUGCUUCAAAAAGGGAUCAGGGCUGUAUCCAGUCUCUGAAAAUGUCAGUUCACUUGACAACUCUCAAACAAAUGCCUUGCGAGAAACACGACGGCCGGGGAUUUUGAGCUGGAAUUUUGAUGCAUGUUGUGACUGCAAAGUUAAUUUUAGUGGAUGACAUCAUAUUUGUGACAUCAUUUCCUUUUCCUGAUUGUGAAUUGAUUGAGUUCUGUCCUGUUACCCUGUCCCCCCCUAUGCUUUCCCCUUUAACAUCACUAUUUUUAGGGAUAAUCUGCAGAGUCCUAUUCUCAAUUCUCAGCAGAGCUCUACAUUACUGCCAGUGGGAGUUAAUCAGAGGAAGUCCUGUGACUGUCUGAUGUUUUAGGGUGUCAAAGUUGAGGGUAAGCGCUUUAAGGAGAACAGGAUGAGGGGAUGGUUUCCAUAGUCUGAGCAUGUCCGUGAAACGAGAGAGGAAGAGGAUCUGUACAGAAAUGUUCGACUAAAUAAGAACAGUGUUAGUUACUGUGGUGAUGUGGAUAGUUGAGGUUCUACGGUCAGAGAUGUUUGUAUAGGUUUUCAGCUGCCUUAAACUAAAGAAACUGUGAACAUUUGAUUUUUUUUCCGUUUGUUUAUUUGAUAUUCACUGCUUUUACUCAUGUGCAAUGUUGUAAAGGGGGUUGGAGAUAACAUGACAAUUGUGACAUCGGUACCACUUAAAAAAAACAACAACAAAUAAUAAAGUAAUCUCAACCUUGUGAAUGAGAACAGCUCAGCAGAACGGUGCAAUAAGGAAAAAUACGUCUGAUAUGCACAUUUAAGGACCAUUUAAAUAACCCCAGUGAUCUGUGGGCGUCCUAAAUGACCCUGUACACUACUGUGUCCCUGUCUCUGGUCUUAUGUUUCAAAUGGUUCUGUUUAAACAGUGAAUGGGAUUUGUCUUUUUUUGGGAGACGUACUGUUAUUUAUA